AUGGCUUCUCAAUACGGCGACCUGCGGCAUCUGCUGCCCCUCAAUUACAAGAAUCUGAUCACCGCCUGGCUGGAGGAGGACUGUCCGAGCUUUGAUUAUGGCGGCUUCGUCGUGGGGGAGUCAGAGGGGGAGGCUCGUUUGCUGGGGAAGAGCAAGGGCAUCGUGGCCGGGGUGCCUUUUUUCGAUGAAGUCUUUUCCCAAUUAGGGUGCACGUAA